GUGUUGUCACUUUGACAGUCCACCUGCCUCAUAACCUUGUUAUCCUUGAGUGGUGCUGCGGGUCUAUUGUAAAUAAGAGGAUACUUCAGGAUGAGGUUCGCUUCGGCACUUUUGGCGAACGCUCGGGCCCCUCAAAGAGAGAGCAUCGUGCCAUUUCAAGAAAUUCUUCCGUUGCGACUGAAAAACCGAGUGAGUGGCAAGGCGGAUUCCCAGACCGAAGUCGCAUGUCUGCAGGAAAUGACUAUUUUGUUCACCUGUCUUAAGGAGAAUGACUUCCAGGAGUCGCUGUGCAGCAAGGAAGUGCAGACGUUCAACAAAUGCUACAAGACUUUUAUGGAUACAAGCUUCCAAGCCAAGAAGGUAGACAGCCAAGGAGCCGUGAAGCCGGGCAAGGACCUGAACUAUAAGCAACUGAAUAAGUACAUGAGGAGAUAUCCUAAUCCAUAAAUCGAAUUGUUUCUAGUGCGUAACUUAGUUGGAUGUAAUAAACGUGAAAAGUAGAAGUUAAAA